CGACUUCCUGGUAUCCUGCUUGCUGCGCGCCUGUGCGCCCGGCAUAUUGACGAUCGAGCCCAUGGCGAGGCACUCGCCCAGUCGCGAAGACGUGCGCAGGAAAUAGUUCAUUGAGAACAACAGGGCGAGUUCUUUUCAUUAAAAGACAAGACACUUCAGUUUGCCAAGGAUUCUCGCAUAGAAACCGCUCAGAGUGUCUGCCCCCAGCGGCCACGCGCGUGCCACAUCUUGUACCAGUAAUAUAAGGAAGACCUCAUCUACUAGAUUUACGCUCAGCUUGAGCAGCUUCCUGUCGAGUGAGUACUCGCGCGCGCGCUGCACGUUCCUGGCGUAGCUGCUUCAGUGGAGUGGCCCCUGUUCCUGCGAGCUUGGAGGGGCGAGCUUGGAAGGGCCGAAGCCUGAAACGGUGCCAUAUACGUGCUGCUUGUGGAGUUUGCUGCUAGCGGCCAUGUCACCCGCUGGUGUCAGCGUGUGACGACGGGCGGAUUCGCGCUGGUCUGGCGCGCUAAGCAUGCGCUCGCCAGAAGCUCGAGGCGCAAGCAGUGGCACAAGUUGUACAAAGCAGCAUUUCGAGCUAUGUAGCAGCUCGUGCGGAUCGGCGGCUUUCUGGCCCGCCCUUGUGCGUUUCUUUGCGGGAGGCAGCCUGGCCAGCUUGAGCGAAUCUCGCGGUGGGAGCGGCGUGCGGACGGCAGGAGCUGCCUCGCAAAAUUACGCUAAAGCGCGGCGUCGCGGAUAUACGCGGUGUUGGGCUCUAGCGCGGUUGCUCUCAGUGUGCAUCGCGUUUUGCUGCUUAGCCGCGCCUACGCGGGCGCUUACCAACAGCUAUUGCUCGUCCUUCAAGGGCACGGGCGCAUGCCCUCCCUGUCGCUCGCCGUUCGACCUGUGCCAGCCCGUGGACAGCUACUGGGACAGCCCCGACUUUUGUGUGCUGCCCGACACGCCCGCCGGGUCGGGCGGGGUGGGCUCCUGCGGGCCCAUCGUGACGCUGGAUAUGGUGUCAGCCAGCGAUCGCACCGCGGUGGCGGGCCAGCUCAUUGCCUUCCAGACGCCCGAUGACUACUUGUACCUCACCUUUCGCCUGGCCUGCCCCUUUGCGCUGCGGCCGGGCUUUAGCACCGACGUGCCGUACAACCUGGGCGUGUACCUGUGGAACAACACCGACAUGCUGGGCAACCCCCAGUACGCUGACGGCCUGACUCUGAGCAGCGGCGUAUAUACCUGCCUGAGUGUGGUGGUGGACCUUCGCCGCGUGUGCAACCCCGCGCGCUCUGUGUACAUGUCCAACACGCCGUCCGCCCAGGCCAACUUCAACUGCGGCUGCUUCCCGGGCUCACGGCCCUGUCCUCCCUCCGACAUGUCGGCCGCGCAGCUGCUGGUGGCACAGCCGGCCUUCUACACUCUGCCCUCGCCCGCCAACUGCAAGCCCGCUGCCGGCACCGCACUUAACAAGUACAUCGCCAACACUCUGGACGGCAGCGGGCUGCUGCAGUGGGACCCCACCGCCUGCGGACCCGUGGGCACGCCCAAGCGCAGCCCCAACCCCAGCGCCAGGCCCAGCGAGCCGCCCACCGGCGUGCGCAACGACCAGCUGCCAGACGCGCCGCCGGACAUGUCGCCGCCGCCCUCGCUGUUGUCGCCACCGCCCUCGGUCUCACCAGUGCCGGCCUCCUCGCCGCCGCGCGGCGCCCUCCCGCCACCGCCGCGGCUACAGGAGGAGGCGGAUAGCCCCUCCCCGCCGCCGCUGCCCACGCCCUCGCAGUUGCAGCAGUCUCCCCCACCCGCCGUCGCCCCCAUACCGGCAUCCCCCAACACCUCGCAGCCCUCCUUCGGCCCCACGCCCCCGCCUACCCCCGCCACUCCAACGCCUGCAACACCGGCGCCCGCGCCCUCCUCCGCCAUAUCUAAUGGGGACACUGGUGGCGACGUGGGCGGCAAGAACACCACCACCUCCAACACCACCUCCCCCGACCCGCCACAGCUACAGCCCGCCCCCUCCUCCCCUCUGCCCGCUCAGUCCAGCGCCGGCGGUGGUGACGGUAGCAGCUCGUUCCUGAGUGGCGCCGGCAUCGGCAUCAUCGUGGGCUGCGCCGUAAUCGGUGUGGCGGUGGUGGCCUGCUGCUGCAUCACCAUCUACGUCUACUGCCGCCGCCGCGCCCCUGCCCGCAGCGCCAGCUCCGUGGACGGCGACAGCCUGGCCCGCCACAGCACCAAGUCCGCUCUGGGCCUGGGGCUGGGCCGCCACAGCAGCCGCUCGGACCGCUCGCUCACCAACUUCUCCUUCGCCAUGGUGCCGCACGCCUACGAGUACGAGUCGGGCGGCGGCGGUGGCAAGGAGGGCAGCCUACGCGGCGGCAUGGUUGUGCUGGGCGGCGGCCCGGGUGACAGCAGCCGCCAUGGCGGAGGUCGCGGCAGCAGCGGCCGGGAUAUGGAGAGGGGAGGUAGUGGUGGCGGCGGUCCCGGCAACGGUAACGGCAGCGGCGGCAUCUACACGUACGCCCUGGACGGCGCUGCCGCUAGCGGUGGCAGCGCUACGGAGAGCCACUUUUCGUACCUGUCUCGUCUGUCGGGCCACGACAACAACCUGGGGUCGCGCUCCCGGCCGCUCAGCUCGCAUGGCGACGGCUUUGUGCCGCAGGGUUUCACGGAGCUGGAUGGGCCGGUGCCGCUGCCCGUGGCCCAGCCCGUGUCCUCCUCAGCGCUGCCUGGGGCUGGCGGCGCCGACCCGCGCGGGCUGCUGCAGGCGCACGCCGUCGCGGCAGCCGCCCUGCGCGGCACCGCGCGGCAGGUGGCGGGCCGCGCAGGCGCGGACGGCAACGGAGCUGGCUCCAGCGCCAUCGAGCUGCCGCCGGUGGGCCCCAGCGGCAAUAGCACCAGUGGCAAGGCCAGUCGCGGCAGCAAAGGGCGCAAGUACUUUCUGUUUGGCGGCGGCAGCAGUGCGGGUGCCGGCAACAAGUCCACGGGCACACUGGCCUCCGCCGCCGACAUCGCCGCCAACGCCGCCCUGCCGUUGCGCCGCCUGUCUGCCCAUGACGCGGCCGACGACCGCCACCGCCACGACCACGACCACGCCAGCGAAGUGGCCAGUGAUGAGCCGGGUGGCGGCGGCGCCUGCGGCUCGUCCUUCUCCGCCGACACUACCGGCACGCUGCUGCCUCGUGCCAGUGGCCUGAGCACCAGCUCGCUGCUCAGUGCAUUCAGCGGCGCCAGCGGGCGGCUGGGCCGGUUGGGCGGCAGCCGCAGCCCCGGCGGCACCGGUAGCCGCAGCCCGGUGCUCAGUGGCAGUCAUGCCCACACCGCGGCGGCAGCGGCGACCACAGUAGACCUGCUGCCCGAGCUUCCCAUGCCGCCGCUGCCGCCGCCGCUGCUGCAGCCGACCACGUCCCUGGAGGGCUCUCUCGCCUCAGUCAGCGUGGCGCGUGCCGGCAGCAGCGUCAGCCCCAUGGCCGGUGCGACGUCUGUGGCCGCACCUGUGACGCCGUCAGCAUGUGCCGCUGCGGCGGUAACUCAGGUGGACGCGAGCGAGCCAUCCCUCAGCGGCCGCUCCAGCAUCCGUAGCCCGUCCACCACAACUGUGCUGGCCAGCGCAGGCAGUUUGGGCGGGCACGCGCUGCUACUGCCGGCGCAGGGGUCGUUAGGCCCCAACCACCACCACACGGGCGGGCUGUUGCAUGCAUGCGUCAGCGGCGCCAUGGGUGCACCGUCUGGCACCAGCGCGGUGGCGGUAACGAUUGCAGCGGCCGCGGCGGCGCCGUUCUCCACGUCGUCGCGUGCCGAAAGUAGUGCGGGCGCAAGUCCACUGCUGUCGGGUCGGCCCUCCCUUGCGGCGCCGCCACUGGCCAUGGGCGGUCCGCUGCUGGCCCCGGCUCAAAGCCUGGGCGGCCACAGCGGCGCAGUGCUGAGCAGCCACCCCAGUGGCGGCCUGCUCGGCAGCCGCGGCAGCCUACGCACCGCGCCCAGCGCUACCGGCGGUGUUCCCACCCUGGCGCCCAGCAGCAGCGGCCACAACUACCCGUCUGCCGUGGCCGUCAUGACCACCAGCACCGCAGGCCCCACGGCCAGCUACAGCAGCGUCAGCAGCCACACAGCCAUCACCACCAUCGGUGGCAACCGCUACCCGUCCCUGUUCAACGAUGCGCACCCCACGGCCGCGCCCAGCAUGCCCCUGGUUGCUGUGUCUGCCCCCGCCACCACCUGUGCAUCGCCCGGCACCACCACGCCCGCUACCGGCCUCCCGACCAGCCGCCGGCCGCCUCCGCCUCUGGCCUCCAUCCCCAGCCUGGGCACACUGCCGGACCACCUGCCUGAGAGCAGCUUCGCCAUCCACGCCCCGCUGAACCUGGAUGACGACGACGACGACGCCACCCUCAGCGGCACCAUGCUGCGCGCAGGAGCCACCGGCGAGGGUGCGGGUGCCCUGGCGCCUUACGGCUCCGCGGCUCCGUCGCCGUCGCUCACCCCUAGCGGCGGCAUUGAGGCGCACUCCUCCGCCACCACUACCUCUGUCUCGGUGGGCAGCGCCGUGACCCUGUACAGCGCCUCACUGCGGAGGGCCGGCAGCAGCAGCCAUGGCGGCGUGGGGGCAGCCGGCACCGCCGCCGCUGCGGGCUCGCCCUUCGGCAGCAUGGCCCGCGCCGCCACCACGGGCGGCAGCGGGUCGUCCUCCGCCUCAGGCCCCUCCUCCCUGGCCACCGCCUCCUCCAAUGUCGCGUCGUCCAACGCCAGCUCAGCCGCGGCGCGGCUGCCUGGCCAGGCCAGCGCCGCCACCGCUGGCGGCAGUCGCAGCGGCCCCAACUCUCAGGGCGGCGCUGCGGGCACUCCGCCCAGCAGCAUCAACCCCGCCGGCAGUAUGGUGCUGCCUGCCGAGGCCUCACCGUUUGCCGGUGCCACCAUGCUGCAGCAGCAGCUCGCCCUGGCAUUCCUGCAGCAGCGCGCCUCGCUGUCGCCGCCCGCCUCGCCGCCCCCCCACUCCGCCGGCGGCAUGUCACCCGCGCCCAUGUCGGCGCCAGCGCCCGGCAUGCGCGGCGCGGCUGCUGGCGGCGCGGUGGCGUCUUCCAUUUCGUCCGCCAUUGCGGCUAGCGGCCACCGCGACAGCGGCAAGUUCACCUUCAACAACAACGGCACCGGCCCCGGCGAGAAGCUCCUGGUGUCAACUGGCGUCGGCACCGCGCUGGGUCUGUUGCGCACCGCCGCCUCAGCCGCCAUGAUGGACGCCUACGUGGAGAAGCAGCGCGCCUCCGCGGCGAACUCGCCGUUGCACCCGGGCCGCGCCUCCGCCGCCGCCAUCCCCGGCACCUCACCGCUGCCCUCGCCCACCAGCGCCACGGCCGCUGCCGCCGCCGUGGUGGUGGCCAGCUCCAGCCCGCAGCCCGGCAGCCCGCGGUCUGCCUCGCCCGCUCCGCUGCCGCAUGUGCAGUCUGUGCAGUCGGGACCACACGGCUCCAUGCCGCAGCCCGUAUCACCGCAGCCGCACAGCCUGCCCAUGACGCCACCUGCCUCGUUGCUGACCAGCAGCCGCAGCGGCAGCGGCAGCCCACUGCCCGUACCGCCGCUGCUGGCUGGUGCGCCGUCCCUUGCGUCCGCCUCCUCCGCCGCGCUGGGUUCGCCGUCCUCCUCCCUACUGCAGCCUGCGCCCUCGCUGAGGACCACCCAUAGCGUCGCCACCGAUGGCAGCAGCGGCGGCGCCUCGCUGCGCUCCACCGAGUCAGUGCCUGCCCCCGGCGGCUGCGGCGGCCCAGGUGGUGGCGGUGCUGCCAGCAUGGACCUGGCGGCCAUCCGGCGCUACUGCGCGGAGGGCAGCCGUGACGGCGAGGAGCGGUCGCUGGGCGGCGUCGGCGGUGGUGACGUUCUGACCGCCGUGUACAACGCCGUGUGCAAGCUGGAGCGGGGGACGCUGUUCUGUAACAAGUACAAGGUACGCGACUCGCCGUUGCUGGGCCGCCACAGCGUGGUGCUGCUGGCCAAGAACGUUUACAGCAAGGCGCGUGUGGCUAUCAAGUUCCACGCCACCCGCCAGCAGUACGAGCGCGAGAAGGCGGCGCUGAGGGCACUGUCUUCCACCUACGUGCCCGCCCUGGAGGAGCCGCUGGAGGGGCCCGAGCUGGCAGCCAUGGGCCUGCCGCCGGCGCUAGUGAUGGAGGCGGGCCGCUGCACGCUCACUGAGUGGCUGCGCGGCCCUGGCGGCGUGGGCGGCGCGGGCCGCGGUCCUGGUCGCGACCUGCUGGCGCUCAAGUCGGCGCUGCAUCAGGUGUUGGGCGCGCUGGUGCACCUGCACAGCCGCCGCCUGGUGCACCGCGACCUCAAGCCCGCCAACAUCAUGUGGUUUGACGGCGCGCACCGCUUCAAGCUGGUGGACCUUGCAGAGGCCGUGCCAGUGGGCGAGGUUGCGCCGCCCUGCUGCACGCCGCUCUACUCGCCGCCGGAGCAGCUGCGCGCCGCGCUCGAGGGACAGGCCUGCGCCAGCGCCGUCACCCCUGCGGCCGACAUGUGGGCGUUUGGCGUGGUGGCGUUCGAGGUGCUGAGCGGCUCGCGCUUCUACGGCCCCUCCCCCAGCCUGCAGGCGGUGCUGGAAGCUGUGUUUGGGCACAGCCCGCUGCCGUGCGAGGGUGGCGAGGCCAGCGCGCUGGCGGGCGUGGAGCUGGCGCAGGCGCGGCGGCUGAUCGCACACCUAGUGGUGCGGCCACCGGCUCAGCGCUGGUCCGCCGCCACCUGCCACCGCAACGCACUGUUCGCGAGCGGUGACGACACCGACCAGCGCGCGCGGGCCUGGGACGCGCGCACGCAGUCGGAGCUGAGGCCCGGUGGCGUUGGCGCCGGAGCGGGCCCUGGGCGGCGCGGGAGCCAGCUGCAGCCGUCGCUGGCAGGUGGUGGCGCGGGACCCCAGGCAGCGCAGGCCAGUGCUUCGCCUCCCGAGCGUGGAUAGGUGAGCGGCAGGAGAUAGGGAGAGGGAGGGUGCACUACGUGUCAUAGAGGAUGUGCGAUCUUGGUAUGCCCAUGUUUGCAAUACCGAACUAGCACUACAUCCGCCGACAUUCCCUUGCCCGUCCCUGUGCAGCCGGUGUAUCCGACAUGAUUUUGUACGUGGUGAUUGAGCGGCACCGCCGAAGUGCUCCGGCGCGGACCGCCGGGGUCAACCGCCGCAGUGGGGCCACAGCGCCAAUACUAGAGCGCUGAUGCGCGGGGCGGCGGCAUGUAGCCGUACUGGGCAGUAGCACCUGUGAUAGCAGCAGCAGCAGCAGCAGCCGGAGGCGUUGAGGCAUCGGAGGUCGACACACACAACCACCGAAGGCGUGGAGCAGCCUCAACAGCACCUUGUGCGCAGGAGGUUUGAUUGACUGGAGCACCGGGGAGGCAAGGUACACAUUCGUGCAUCAUCAAGCAUAAAGUAGCACCAGCAAGUGCCGUGGCUUUUGGGACGGCAACGCCGACGACAGUUGUUGAAGGCGCCGCCGGAACGCCGCGCGCACGUCCAUCAUCCUUACCACUUUUCCGGCAUAGCCGCGAUGCGCCAGCUUGCAACCCGCAGUGCGGCAGCAGCAGCAGCAGCAGCAGCAGCAGCAGCUGGCCGCGGUCGGAGGGAAGGAGGGGCUCGGAAUGAGAAGAACACUGCAAUUGAUUGGCCGCCUUUCCCGCUUUUGAAGCGCCGCGGACCGACGGCAAUGGGAAGGGCUUAAACCCAAUGUAUUCGCAGUAGUGCUGGGCCCAAGGCGCGCAGGAGGCAGGGAGCAUGGCGAUGCCACGAAUCACAGCCGCCACUAAGAUGUGAUGUGCUGCAGGGCCCAGUGUGCGUGAUCUACUUUUUUUGCUUGGGGCGUAUGCAUUUGUGAUCAAAUGUUGCGCUGGGUGGCCGACACGGUGACUUUUGCAGGGCUUACUGCAGGGUUAUUAUUUUGUAUAUGCACGGUGUGUGGGGACGCGGCGUUGGCGAGAGCCACGGAUGGCCCUAAUACCGUGGGGGCAUGUCGCACUGUAUAUGCAUCAGGGUUUGGUUCCGCGUAUUCGCUAGCCCAAAUACACCGUUUCGGGUGGUUGCCUGUCUUGGCGCAAUCCUAACACAUUGAUCACGUGUGGGGACCCCGCGUCGGCGCAAGCCACGCACGGCACACCUCAGCAAUAUGAGCGCCCUAGUAGAGCCGUAAGCCGGUCUGAAUCAUGUACAUGCACCGACCCAAAUACAUAGUGACUUAGAUGUGUCUGGGGGUUGACCGUAGAAGGGAUUGGCGGCAUGCGGCAGUGAGAUGCCUAGGCAACAAGGCGGUGAGCUGGGUCGGGCGUGAAAGACAUCGCCCUCUGGAUCUCGGGCUGCAAUCCGCCCUUCCGCAUUCGCUUGUGGACGAAAGAGUCUUAUCCUACGUGAAUUGCAGUGUGGGGUGCAGGAGGAGCUGUGAUCAACUAAUUGAUCUACAACGAUAUGAUAUAGCGUUGACGAGCUGCCAGUAGCAGCGAGGCAGGUUGUCGCAUAGAGUGACGUUGAUACGGGGUUGGGUGGCGAGGGUGUGAAGCGGGGUUAGGACGACAUAGGGAGAUGUGAUGGCAUACAUACCGCCUGGCACUUGAGCGUGUCCUGUCCCAUGAGGGCACUGUAAUUGCCAUAAGUC